ACGAUGCCUUUUUCCAUUUCUUGCACAAACUCUUUCAAAUUUCCAAGACGUUUCUUUUUUGUUUUCAAUGGAAGAAGUAGUAGUGAUUGGCCAUGUCUCACUCCAGUCUUGGUUUCUCUGUUGUUUAUAGUGACACGAAACUAAACAUUUUGAGUGGUCUCUAUGCAUCUCCUCAUUUUCUUUUCCUCUUCCCUUUUUUUGUAUUUUUCCUAGAAUUUAGUAUAUACAGUAUAUCUAUAUAAAGAUCCCUUUUUUAUACUCUCCAAUUCCAUGGCUUCAACAACAGUGAAAAGCUUUUCUCUUUCACCACCAAGUUUUGCUUCGAAUUUAGAGAGAAGGGCUCAUUUUAGACACUCGGUUAGGUGUUUAUCUAGUAAGGAUUCUUCCACAGCUGCAUUAUCUUUGGAUGAGUCUUUGAAGAUUGGCAAUGGUGCAGUGAAUGGAGCUGUGAGGGAGAGGGUUGGUGUGGGCAGUGACGGCCCUGCUGUUGGUGAGGGAAAGAGGAGAGAGAAGAAGGAGAGGGAGGAGGUAAAGUUGGAACCUUUGUGGGAUGAUGGAUAUGGGAGUGAGACUGUGCAGGAUUAUCUUGAAUAUGCAGGGGAUGUCAUCAAGCCGGAUGGUGGGCCGGUGCGGUGGUUCACACCAAUCUCAUGUGGGCCCCACUUGGGAGGCUCUCCUGUCUUGUUUUUCUUGCCUGGAAUGGAUGGUCUUGGACUUGGGCUUAUUCUCCACCAUAAAUCUCUUGGAAAGGUCUUUGAUGUUCGGUGCAUGCAUAUCCCCGUGAAAGAUCGAACCCCAUUUGAAGAGCUGGUAGUAUGGGUUGAACGAUCUUUGAGAGACGAACACUCUUCGUCUCCUAAUAAGCCCAUCUAUCUGGUGGGAGAUUCCUUUGGUGGAUGCUUGGCUCUUGCAGUUGCAGCAAGAAAUCCUGAUAUCGACCUUGUCGUGAUACUAGCUAAUCCAGCAACAUCAUUUGCGAGGUCACAGCUGCAGCCAUUUCUACCGUUGCUGGAAGCAUUGCCUAACGAACUUCAUAACGCAGUUCCUUAUCUCCUAAGCUUCGUGAUGGGUGAUCCACUGAAGAUGGCUACGGUGAAUAUUGAUACAGCAGGCCCUCCAGCCCAAUAUUUCGAACAGUUAGCCAACAACCUCACUGCUAUGCUGCCUCGUCUUUCUGGCUUGGCUGAUAUCAUACCAAAAGAAGCCCUGCUUUGGAAACUGAAGCAGUUGAAAACCGGUGCUGCUUAUGCUAAUUCUCGUCUUCAUGCCGUUAAAGCUGAAGUACUUGUUCUUGCUAGUGGCAAGGAUGCCAUGCUUCCCAGUAAAGACGAAGCUUGGAGGCUCUUAAAGUCACUGAAAAAUUGCAACGUACGAUACUUCAAAGACAACGGGCACACGAUAUUAUUGGAGGAUGGUGUUAAUCUAUUGACUAUUAUAAAAGGUACUGGCACGUACCGUAGGUCCAGAAACCUUGAUUAUGUGAUGGAUUUCGUACCUCCUAGUAAAUCCGAGUUCAAGCAAGCAGUCGAGGGAAACGGAUUCCUUCGGAAUUUCACUGGUCCUGUGUUCUUGUCUACUACGGAAGACGGGAAGAUAGUGAGAGGCCUAGCCGGAGUUCCCGAGGAAGGUCCAGUCUUGUUGGUUGGUUAUCACAUGCUUAUGGGUUUAGAACUCUCACCAUUAGUCGAACAGUUUCUGCGAGAGAAGAAGAUCUUGGUUCGUGGCAUAGCACAUCCGACUUUGUUCUCAGAUCUUGUUGAAAGCGAGAGCAAGGAGUUUUCGUUUAAUGACACCAUCCGGUUAUAUGGCGCACUACCUGUUAGCGCAAGCAAUCUUUUCAAGCUGUUCAAGACAAAAUCUCACGUACUGCUGUAUCCCGGUGGUGCUCGAGAGGCUCUCCACAGGAAGGGUGAAGAGUAUAAACUGUUCUGGCCGGACCAGCCGGAGUUUGUGAGGAUGGCUGCACGAUUCGAAGCCACAAUCGUGCCAUUUGGAGUCAUCGGAGAGGACGACCUAGCUGAGUUAGUCCUUGACUAUGAUGACUUGAUGAAGAUCCCGUAUCUGAGUGACCAAAUGCGAAGGAACAACGAGAAGGCUCAACAAUUUAACGUCAGGGCCGGGAUGAGUGGUGAGGUCGCGAAUCAAGAGCUGUAUAUCCCCGGGCUCUUGCCAAAGAUUCCCGGGCGGCUGUACUACCUAUUUGGGAAGCCGAUUCCGACCAAGGGAAAGAAGGAGAUGCUCAAGGACAGAGAAAAGGCGCGAGAGCUCUACUUGGAGAUCAGGUCUGACGUUGAGACGAGCAUGUCGUACCUGCUCAAGAAGAGGGAGCAGGAUGCGUAUAGGAGUAUUGUUGAUAGGACCGUGUAUCGAGCCUUUCGUGCUCCCAUGGAUCAGGUCCCGGCCUUUGAACCAUAGGUGGUUAAAGGUAACUAGGUGACCUUGGAUGUUGAGUCAUACCUGCAUCGACUCUUGCUUGUUCUCGUGUUUGAUUGCAGGUUUUGGUCGUCGGUGUUCUUGGAUCUCGUGGUCUACAUAAAGAGGCUGUGAUCAGAAUGUUGGUGUUGUGGAGGUGGAAAAGAAGGUGAAGCUGUUGAAGACUGUUGCUGUAGUGUGAUAUCUUCAAAAGAUGUAUACAUUAAUUACAUUUACAUAGUUGGUUUAUAGUGAAAUGUAGUACUACUAGUUGAUUUGUAAACAAGGUUCUGCAUAGGAUUCACUUCGGUCUCAAUGUAGGAGACCAAAUCGAAAUCAUCUUCGAAAUAUCUUAUAUUGAUGAUAUGAUUCAUAC